AUUCUGGAGAAGCUGAACAUGGUUGAACUAGCCCAGGUGACAGUGUAUGCUCAGGGAUGUGGGAUGAUCUUAGGAGCUCUAGUAGGAAGCAUGAUGGCCGACAUCUAUGGACGCAGGCGUCUUCUGUAUAUAUCUUUAGCUGGCAUGCUUGCCCUUCACUGUCUUAUGGCCUUGUCAAUCUCCUGGAUUAUGUUCAUCUUCAUGAGGAUGAUUUCGGUUGGCUGCGCAGGUGCCACACUUGUCAUUAGCUUUGUGACGGUGGUGGAGUUUGUGGGUCCGGAAUGGCGGGAUGCCUGCACUUGUUCAUGCUUCUGGGUGCUGGGGGCCGUGCUUAUCUCCAUGGAAGCCCUGGCCACACAACACUGGAGAUGGCUGGCGCUUCUAUCUGGUGGGCUCUGUCUUCCAUUGGUUGCUACCUUCUUUACCUCCACAGAGUCUGUAAGAUGGCUUCAGUGUCAGCACCGCUUUACCGAAGCCGAAUGGGGCUUCAGGGAAGUGGUGUCUGUGAACUCGCAAGCUGUGCCGGACCUGACGACACUGCUUGACCGGUCACGUGGUUGCAUCGUCAACAACAUGCACAUCAAGAAGUUUACCUAUUUGGACCUCUUCCACUCACUAGACUCCACUAAGUGGACCAUUGCCCUAGUAUAUGUGUGUACAGUAUCGUCGACCGUCUACUUCAGUCUGUUUUGGCAUGUAAAAGACAUGACAAACUUCGCCUAUUUCAACAGUUUCCUGCCGUUUCUCAUAGACCUGCCAUUAGCCUGGUCGGUCGUUGUUUUGAAUCGUUGCUUGGGACGUCGCUGGUGCCUCUUCUUGUACGCUGUUGCAUCUGGGUUCGCUCUUCUGUCUAUCCUCAUUCUCCAUAUCACUGGAAAUGUGGACUUUCUUCCUUCCUUGGUCACGGGCCUGGCUUUGUUCGGCAAGAUCGGAGUGACAGCGUCUUUGUCGCUGAUCCUGCUCAUAACGACAGAAAUGUACCCGACAGUCACAAGGUGCAUGGGCGUGGCUGUCGCAGUAUCUUCUGGUUCUGGAGGAGCCAUGCUUUCCCGCGCUUUUGUCUUUCUGGAGAGCUACCACUAUACAGUGCCUUUCGUUAUAUACGGGCUAAUGAUGUCCAGUGUCGGAGUCCUAGGGUUGGUGUUUCCAGAGACCAUCAGGCGGCCCCUGAAGAACGUCCAGCAGUGUCGGCACCGCAAGAUCCCGCUCACGGAGGGUGCCAGACUCGUAGGGAGGCCACCCAGUCUAUGGGAUGCCGUAUAG